AUGGUUGAUGUGCCAAAUUAUAUUGUACAAAGUGUGCAUUGGUUAGAAAAUGGCAUUUUUUUAAAGGACGGUGUAAUAGAAGUGCCAAACUUAGUGCAUCAAUUAGACGUUCUUCCUGUUGGGGAUGACUUCAAGAGGGCUUUUGUCCUUUUCGCUUGCGGAUCACUUCUAGCACCCAUAUCGAAAAAUGAGACAAGCAAAAGGUUAUUGGCAGCGGUUGACAAUGUGGAUGCUAUUAAAUCAUAUAAUUGGGGGAAGUUUGUUUUAGAUUGGUUGAAAAAAGGAAUUGCGUCCUAUAAAGGAAAGGAAGGAAGAGAAGGUUGUACAUACAUACAUGGAUGCUUGUUCUUUCUCAUGCUUUUCUACCUACACCGUGUGGAUGUCAAUGGACCAAAACCGAAGCCUGAGAUGUCAUGCGUACGUGGAUGGACCAACAAAUUAAUAGGCGAGAGGUUGAAUUUGGAGAAGCAUAAAUAUAAUGGUUUCGGCUUCGGUGAGGUAAAGUUUACAACUGAUACAUCUGAAGAUGCCGAUAAGGAGUUGGCAUAUGAAAUUAUUAAAGUUGUUAAGAAAUGGAAGCAACGGCACAAUGUAGGCCAAGGCAGGGGGUCGAGAUCCUCAGAACCCAGUUCAUCCACACGACAACCUAACCCAUCUUCGUAA